AUGUUUAAGGCGUUUGGGUCCAAGAAGGAGAAGUUCGAGUUCCGGUUUAGGUUUCAUGCUACUCGGGUGCCGGCGACGGGGUUCGAGAGGCUAGUGGUGUCGCUGAUUCCGGUGGACACGGGGAAACUCGAGGGACAGACGCCAAAGGGGGUGGUGAAGAACGGCACGUGCACAUGGACCGACACCGUCACCGAGGUCACUCGCCUCGCCAGGAACCCCAAAGGGAAAGGCUACGAGCAGAAGGUGUACCGGCUUAUCGUGUCCACGGGCUCCACGCGAGGCGGCAUACUGGGCGAGGCGACGCUGAACCUCGCGGACUUCGCAGGCUUUAACCAGCUCGACCAGCGCGCGCUGCCGCUCAAGUACUGCCCCGCAGGCACCGUGCUGCAUGUGACCAUUCAAUGCUCGUCUCGCGAUCCCAGGGAGGGCGAGGAGUCAGACACGGGGCAGAGCGAGAACGAGGAGGAACUCACGCCCAAGAAGCCAGCCGGCAAAGCAGCAGCUGCUGCUGCUGUAGGGGCAGGCGCAGGAACAGGCGCAGCAGCGGUCGCAAGGGGAGCAGGGGGGACAGGGGGCGGGGUGCAUGGAACGGCGGCGGCAGGACCGAAGCGGAUGAGCAAGAGCAAGUCGGACGCGAGUGACGUGCUGUCGAGCAUCGACCUGCCCAACACCACCACGCCCACAAAGGGGCAGAAGUAUUACCACGCGAACGAGCCAACCAACAAUCAUCAUCAUCACCGCCAGCAUCAGCAGCCCCAGCAGCAGCAGAGAGGAGCCCAAGUUGCAGCGACCCCUUCAAUCGGUCGCUCUUCCAGCCUUCCGUCGAAUCAG